ACCGCAACCUCCACGCAACCCUCUGUCACCCACUCAUGCAAGCAACUUCUUCUGUGGUGAAGUCGUCCGCAACAAUUUUGACUAUCAAAUAUAUAGGAGCCACAAGGUCUUGACAAGGAAAACGGCGGCGGCGGCAACUCGGAGUCGGACUCAUUUGUAGAACAAAAAUGUCGCGAAAGGGCGUCGGGCUGGCAGCCUUUGACCGCAGCCGCAUCACGUCGGCGCAGUAUGCCAGCCACGGCUCGACGCUGCGGUCGACCAACGCCCAGGCGCUCGAGACGCAGCUCGACGUGUUCCGCUCGCUGCUGCAGCAGUUUGCGCAGACGCACGCCAAGGACAUCCGCUCCAACCCGACGUUCCGCGCCCAGUUCGCCCGCAUGUGCGCCGCCAUCGGCGUCGACCCCCUCGCUAGCAGCAGCAAUAGUAGCCAGUCCGCCGGCGGCGUCGGGUCCAUCUGGGCCCAGCUGCUCGGCCGCUCCGUCAACGACUUCUACUUUGAGCUCGCCGUGCGCGUCGUCGAGGUGUGCGGCGCCACGCGCGGCGAGAACGGCGGCUUGAUUGAGCUGCCCAAGGUCCGCGAGCGGCUCAUGCGCAGCCGCAUAGAGGGCGCGCCUGAGAUCACGGAAGACGACAUCCUCCGCGCCGUGGGCACGCUCAAGCCGCUGGGGUCGGCGUACUCGAUCGUCAAGGUCGGCAGCAAGCCGUACAUCCGGUCGGUGCCGAAGGAGCUCAACACGGACCAGAGCGCGGUGCUGGAGGCGGCGCAGGUGCUGGGGUACGUGAGUGUGUCGAUGCUGAUGGUGAACCUGCGGUGGACGCGCGCGCGCGCUCAGACGGCCCUCGAGGACCUCGUCGGCGAGGGCAUGCUGUGGGUCGACAAGCAGAGCCCACGCGAACACGAGUACUGGAGCCCCGGCUUCAUGCUCGAAAGCGACGAGUUCCAGCACGGAGGGAGCGGAGGGGUGGCAGCGGCGGCGGCGGCGGGAUGAGACGGGGCGAAUGCACGAAAAGAAAAGACGAUGGAAAAGGAGACAUU